UCAGCCGGCCCGAGCCGAGCCGAGCCGCCCUCGGUCCCUCCUCGGGGCGGGCCCCACCGGUGGGAGGUGCAGGGGUGGCCGCCUGCCGGCACAGGAAGCAGCGGCGGGAGCGGAGCGGAGCGGAGCGGAGAAUCACUGUCUCGAUGGAAGUGGUACCAGCCUGGGCCCCCGCAGUGGGCUUCACACUCUUGCCCCAUGCAGGAGGAUUUUUAGGAAGCACAAUAACCAAAAAGGAAAUCCCGGUGUGGUAUGAAUCUCUGCAGAAGCCAUCCUGGCAUCCACCUAACUGGGUGUUUGCUCCUGUUUGGGGAACUCUCUAUACAUCUAUGGGAUACAGCUCUUACCUGGUAUGGAAGGAAUUGGGAGGCUUCAAUGAAAAGUCAGUGGUUCCUCUGGGCCUGUAUGCAGGGCAGCUGGCAUUAAACUGGGCGUGGACUCCAAUAUUUUUUAGAGCUCACAAAAUGGGAUGGGGGCUGGUGACUCUCCUGCUCACAACUGGUACAGCAACAGCUACAACUGCUUCCUGGUAUAACAUCAACAAAACAGCGGCUUAUUUGAUGGUUCCUUAUUUAGCUUGGCUAACCAUGGCUUCUGCACUCAAUUACUGUAUCUGGAAAGACAACUGUGACAAGAAAUCUGAAUAAACAGCUUUUAGCCAAAAAUAUUUUUCCUUAAGAAUUUUCUAAAGAAAAUUAUGACUUUUUUUUAGCUAAACUACUUACACCAUUACUAUUUGCUAAUUACAGUUUGAUAACAGCAGUCCUUGUUUGAAACAAAUGUGUCUUAGCUGGGUAAGUCACACAGGAGUUUUAUAGUAAGUUAUAUGAUAGUGCUGACUGAAAGGUACUAGUUUUCAAUAUCGUAUUACAUUUUAUAAGACAGCAGCAUUUUAACUGUUACCAGAAAUAAGCACAAAUUGCAACCUCACUACAUUCAGAUGAAGAAAUCCAGCUGCAUAUAAAUACAGCUUCCAGAAAGCUGUUCCAAACAGUUGCAGCCAUAAUUGUGACCUGAGUCUUUCAUGUGUACCACUAUAGAGUGUUUUAGUGUUGUGAAGUGUCUCACUACAGCUGCCAGAUAUUUGUCCUGUAAUCAUUGUACUCUGCAAGUAUUUGAGACCAAAUCUUUUUCACAAUUUGUGCCUUGACACUUUGGAGCAUUGUACAGCCUAGGUGUCAGCUAAAUGUAUUAAACUACAUGUAAACUUA